CCUCAAACAUUAUAACCCGCCAAUAAUCCCCCCCCCCCCCAAUGAUGUUUAACAACUCAUAACAAAUAAUCAACCGAUAAAACGACAAAAGCAUCAAUGAGAAGCACUAUUGCCUUCCGAGACAGCGAGUGCGGCCCCAGCCUUUUCGCGAGCAGUUUCUCUAGCAUCUCACAAAUGACCUGUACCACAUGGGCCAUGCUUUCCUGAACCUCGCUCAGGCUUGCGACCGUUACUCCAAGCUUGUCGACCUUGGCGCGCAACACCUCCGUGUCCAUGAGACCUUCGAGAAUGACGUCGACCUGCGAACCCGAGCGCUUAUCCUGCACCGCCUUGUCCUAGGCAGCCUUCUCAGCCUUUUCCGCCACACUCAUGGACUUGGUUUGCACCAUUGUGGCCACGACGACACCUUGGCUUGAGUCGAGACUGACUCAUUUAGCCUCUGAUACCAAUAUGAUAGAAUCAAGAAUUUUUUUCCCCGUUGAAUCAGUUACCCUUUUACUAUUAAGUAAGGAAUUGCAAAUAAGAAAUCCAAACCAAUACAACGAAAUGGGUCGCCAUUGUGGCUUCCCAGAGCAGAAAAUGAAAAAUGGGACAAAGA